UGGGCUAAUCACACACCCUGCUGAAAGCUUCAGCUCGAGAGUGCACACACAGGGAGGACACAGCAGGAGAAACAGGAGGACACACAGCAGGAAGACAGAGGAGGACACAGUGGAGACAAAACAGGAAGACACACAGGUGGACACACAGGUGGAUCACUCGCUGCUGCCCAAGACAACAAGGACGUUUCUUCUACAUUUUCUUGAGUUUCAGUGUGCCUGAAGUUCAACCUUUAAUAUCAGCUGACUCCUCUCUCCCCUCGGCUGUCCACCUAUUUUAUAAAAAUGAUGAUGUGGCUGGAAGAGUUUAGGAGAUUGGGCAAAGUUUUUCUGGCCAUUGUACUUAUCUUUGCUCUUCAAGGCACACACACUGAGCUGCUGCUGGUCUCUGCUGCUGGUCCCACUGAGGUCAAUGCUGUGGCCGGCAGAAACGUGACUCUGGCUGUGCCCUUCAGCGGUGCUCCUGACACAUCUGUCAUCUGGUUCAUGGGAGAUGUUUCUGUGGCCAUCUGGAUUAUUGACUCAUCCACUCCCGCAAACAUACCUGAAAACCAUAAGGAUGUGCUGAAGAUCGAACCAAAUGGAUCUCUUACAUUUGUAAAUGUUCCACUUGACUACAGCAGUAACUACACUGUUGAAAUGACAAAGCCUGGACUGGGAAAGUCUUCGGCUACUUUUACUCUGAAGGUAUUUGAAAUCAUACAGAAUGUGACUCUGAGCUCAUCUAAGUUUGCCAUAGAAGGAACUGACCGGUUCACCCUGAGUUACAGCAUGCUGCAAGGAGUGGUGGAGCAUCAGAUGUGGUUUGUCAACGGCACAGAGAUAAAUACCAACUCGCACUACUCGGUGGAGAAACAGAGUCUUGUGAUCCUCGGGCCAAACCGAAGAGAUGCAGGACAGUACAUGGUGUCACUGACGAACCCCUUCAGCAGUGAGACGGCUCACAUGAACGUCUCUGUGCUGUAUGGUCCUGAUGACCCCAAACUUGAGGCCCGUCCAGCUCAGCCGCUCUACGAGUCCGGAGACUCUCUGAGCCUCUCCUGUGAGGCUGAAGGAUUCCCACUGCCGACUGUUAAGUGGGCCUUUGAUGGUCAGACCCUGUUCGAGUCCAAUGGACGAGUCCUAAAUCUAUCAAACAUACAGACGAGUCAAGGGGGCAAUUAUACAUGCAUGCUGCUCAAUAAUGAGACCAAAGCAGAGCGCCACAAGAGCAUCAUUUUGAAGGUUUAUGAGAGGCCGUCGGGCAGCCUGAUGUGCUCCGUGCAGUCGGUGAACAACGUCACCCUGCAGUACCACUGUCGGUGGGCAGGGGGAACCCCGGAGGCUCAGCUUUCUUUCCCGGCACUGAGCAACACGAGCAGCGGAGCAGGAAACUUCAGCCUGACGGUCACCGCCACGGAUGACCUCAACGGGAAAACUGUCACGUGCCAGGCCUCCCAUCCACUUGAACAGGAUGAGUGCAAUAUUACUGCAAGUGGUCCAGUCAAGUUCCAGCCAGCGGUGAAAACCACAGUCGACGCUGACGACAAAGUAGCAGUCACUAUCCACUGCGUCAGCGAGGCCACGCCUCAGGCUGUGGUGUCCUGGUCCAAAGGCAGCCAGGCUGUCACCAACGGGACAACUUACCAGAUCAGCGCCGACACCACACAGCUCAAGAUUAGCGAUUACAACGUCACCAGCUCCCGCCUCCAAAACUUCACCUGCGUGUGCAGCAACCCAAUGGGCAGCCAAAGGAGGGAAGUUCAGCUGAGAGGACCGUCAAUCUCAGAUUUCAGUGGGUUACCUAAUCAAGAAGGAACCGUCAUCAGGUUGACCUGGGAGGUCCCGCCCACCUCUGUUGUUACAGGGUUUGACAUCCAGAUGAAAGGACCAGACCUUGUGACCGACACUAGUAAUGGCACCCAAACUAGAGGCAGCUCAGACAAGUUUCGAACCAUCCAGCACCAUCCGGGCUCUGUCAGGAGCGCGGACAUCUUCAACCUCAAUCCCAAAUCGACGUACAGGUUUCGGGUCAUCCCCAAAGCUCUUACGACUGAAGGGGAGCCAUCUGGGAUCUACAGGAUUGGUCCAGGUGAAGGUCUGAGUGGACCUGCCAUAGCGGGCAUCGCUGCAGGAAUCCCCUGCAGCCUUCUCUUCCUGCUGCUGCUGGGAGGCUUCAUCUACCUCUGUGUUUACUGCCACAAGAACAGGAGUCGGCAGACAAGAUAUCCAGUGGGCAGAGCCGUUGAGAAAGCAAUAACAAUCCAACCAGAUGCAAUCCCUCCUCAUAACCUGCUGACAGGAGGGCUGAAGUCUCUCCCUGAUUACAACAGAUUGCAGCAGACCCCGUCGGAGAGAUCAGUGGCUCUCCCCAGCUUUGUUCCUCCAGCACCUGUCAGAGUUGCUACAACCGUCUGAACUCCCGAAAAUCUGUUGUGAUGUGUGUUUUUAACUUUUGUACAGCAUGUUAUGUUUAUUAUGUGUUGUUCUAAUCUGAGAUUUUUUUUCUACAUUUUAAUCAUUAUUUUGAUUUAAAUAACUUCCAGUGUCGCACAUUUUGUUUCAGUGGGGGAAGGAUAUUUAUAGCACUUUUCUCUAUGAUCUAAGUUAAAACUCAUUUUGUAAGUGUUUUAUCAUAAUAAAUCAAAGCAUAAGCCA